AUGUUGUGUUUCUGGUGUUCCUCAGACUGGAACCAGACUGCGUAUGGACCUGUACCUCCCAAGGAGAGGGACCAGGCAGACAUGAUAUUACCCAUAGUCCUCCAGUACCUCUGUCCUCCCUUCGUCUCCUUCUUCGGCCUGGGGGCGGUCUCUGCUGCCGUGAUGUCAUCCGCCGACUCCUCCAUCCUAUCAGCUAGCUCCAUGUUCGCUCGGAACAUCUACCAGCUGGCCUUCCGCCAAUCGGCAUCGGACACCGAGAUCGUUUGGGUGAUGCGCGUCACCAUCUUUGUGUUCGGCGGCCUGGCCACGGCGAUGGCGUUGCUAACGGGGACAGUGUACGGGCUGUGGUACCUGAGCUCCGACCUGGUCUACGUUAUCAUCUUCCCUCAGCUCAUCUCUGUUCUCUUCGUCAAGGGAACCAACACGUACGGCUCCGUCGCCGCCUACGUCUUUGGMCUGAUCCUGAGGAUCGGAGGAGGGGAACCCUACCUCUCGCUACCCCCUUUCAUCUACUACCCCGGCUGGCAGCUGGAGGACCGGAUCCAUCAUCUGACUGGAGAGGUGGAGCACAUAGUGGUGCAGAAAUUCCCUUUUAAGACCGUCUCCAUGUUGGCCUCCUUCCUGGGCAACGUGGCUUUCUCCUACCUGGCCAAGUAUCUGUUUGAGAGCGGCAAGUUGUUGCCCAAGUAUGACUUCUUGGACGCGGUGUUGGCCCAGCACAGUAUAGAGAACAUGGACAAGACCACGUUGGUCAARCGUAACAACAUCGUYCUGUCUGAGAUGGCGCCUGUCAAACCGCGGCUCAGCGUUCAACUGGCGGCUGCGUUCACACGCAGAGAUACUCUGGCUGAGGAGGACUCUAGUCCCGAAGACAGCCCCAACCACGACAUCCGGGAAUAACCCCCCUGA